GUUUUCCGAAAAAAGGCAGUGGAGCUUGGAGAGAAAUUGCUACCUGCUUUCAACACUCCCACUGGGAUACCGUGGGCAUUGCUUAAUAUCAAGAGUGGAAUAGGUCGAAAUUGGCCAUGGGCCUCUGGUGGAAGCAGCAUUUUGGCAGAAUUUGGGACUUUGCAUCUGGAGUUUGUACAUUUGACCCACCUGUCUGGAAACCCUGUUUUUGCUGAAAAGGUAAUGAAUAUUCGAAAAGUUCUAAGUCGUCUGGAUAAACCAGAGGGUCUUUACCCCAACUACCUGAAUCCCAGCAGUGGCCAAUGGGGCCAGCAUCAUGUCUCCAUUGGAGGGCUCGGGGAUAGCUUCUAUGAAUACCUGCUAAAGGCAUGGCUGAUGUCAGACAAGACAGAUGAAGAUGGCAAGAAAAUGUAUUAUGAUGCUGUUCAGGCCAUAGAGACCCACCUCAUUCGAAAAUCCAGUGGGGGGCUGAUGUACAUCGCUGAGUGGAAGGGUGGAUUGCUUGAGCACAAGAUGGGACAUCUCACUUGCUUUGCUGGGGGCAUGUUUGCCCUGGGAGCAGAUGGAGCACCCAGUGACAAGACAGGCCAUCACAUCGAGCUUGGUGCUGAAAUUGCUAGGACCUGCCACGAAUCCUAUGAUCGCACAGGCAUGAAACUGGGACCAGAAGCCUUCAGAUUUGAUGGUGGUGUUGAGGCCAUUGCUACAAGACAAAAUGAAAAAUACUACAUCCUACGACCAGAAGUCAUAGAGACCUACAUGUACAUGUGGAGACUCACUCAUGAUCCAAAGUACAGGCAGUGGGGCUGGGAAGCUGUUGAGGCACUGGAAAAACACUGCAGAGUGGACGGUGGCUAUUCUGGCAUUAGAGAUGUUUAUAGCAAUCAUGAAAGCCAUGAUGAUGUGCAGCAAAGUUUCUUCCUUUCAGAGACACUCAAGUACCUGUAUUUGCUGUUUUCUGAGGAUGAUCUUCUUCCAUUUGAACACUGGGUCUUCAACACAGAGGCUCAUCCUCUCCCUGUUCUUCACAGAGAUGAUGGGAAGAAAGAAGAAAACCAGAAAUAAAUGAAGAUUAAGUUAUACUUUGUUUUCAUUCCUUAUGUUUCUUUCCAGGACUUGGGCACAUGAUUUGGUUUUAAAUUCCUGAGUUAAAUUUUUAAAUCAA